AUGGCUUCGAUGGAGUACGAGUCCGAGCAACGCGGCUACGAUGGUAUGUUCUACUCGUGCGCUUCGCCUGCUGCUCCUGAUGAGCCCCGUGGCUACGAUCGUGAGCGUAGCAGGUCUCCGCGCGCCGACCGUCGUGACCUAGAUGACUCUCGCGUUCGCAGCGCUUCUCCCAUCAAUCGCGACAGCCGAGGCCCGCCCCCAGACUCGCGCGAUGAGGACGACAACAGCCGCAACCCGGGUUCCAACCUCUUCGUGACUGGUAUCCAUCCGAGUCUGAGUGAGGAAGAAGUCACCCGUCUCUUCGAGAAAUUUGGUGAAGUCGAGAAGUGCAACAUCAUGCGUGAUCCUCAUACGAAGGAGUCGCGCGGCUUUGGCUUCGUCAAGAUGGUCACUUCUGACCAGGCCGACGCUGCCAAGGAGGGCCUCCAGGGUGAAGUUCACCAGGGCAGGACAUUGAGCAUCGAGAAGGCCCGUCGCGCUCGUCCACGUACCCCAACUCCGGGCAAAUACUACGGCCCGCCCAAGCGUGAAUUUGGUGGAGGGGGUCGUGGAGGUCGCGGAGGUCCUCCCCGCUACGGUGACCGCUACGAGGAUCGCCGCGGUGGUGGUGGCUACUCUGGCGGAGGCGGGUAUGGAGGCGGCCGUCGUGACGAUUACGGCUACCGAGGAUCUCGUUACGAGGAUCGACCCUAUCGCCGGGACCGAGACGACUACGGCUCGCGUGGUGUUGAUCGCUAUGCCUCUCGCGACGACCGCUAUGGCCGCGAGGAGCGCCGUGGCGGAGGCGGAGGUGGAGGAUACUACAACGAGCGCCCGCCCCCGCCUGCAGGUGGAGCUGGCGGUUAUGGAGACGCUCCUCCCCCUCGCCAGGAAGCUUACGGUGGAGGUCGACCAUACGAGGACCGUGGUGGUGGUGAUGAACGCUACUCCCGCUAG